UCGUCAUCAUCAUCUUCAUCUUUUACCUCCUGUUCUGUGCAAGUGAUUUCAGUUCACCCCUCUUUCUUUUACCCGUCACAUACACAUUCCGCUCUCUGUCUCUGCUGUGUCUGUGGUCCUCUUCAAUGGCACGGACUAAACAGCAGGAUUUGCAGGGCUGCAGCAACAUGGAAGAGCUCGAGAGCAUAACCACCGCGUCUCCUAGCCGUAGGUGUUUUGAUUUAGUUGGACGAGAAUCGGUGGCGGAGGAGGCGGAGGAGGAGGAGGAUAAGGAGAGGAAAUGGAUGAAUAGGAGGAGGAGGAGGAAGAGGAAGAAGACAGAAAAUGGAAAUGAAGCAGCGGAAGUGAAAUGUAAUGAAGAAGAUUUUCUUCGACAGGACCCACUUGAGGGGCUUGGUUGGGAUAUUAUGUUGAAGAUUCUUAGCAAUCUCGACGCACGCAGCGUGGCACUAUCUCUUCUAGUUUCUCGCGGCUGGCACCGCCUUGCUUCUAGCGAUCGUCUCUGGAGCUCCAAGUGCGAGGAACUCUGGCUUGGAAAAGCACACAUACCUCGUUUGUCACAGAUCCGGGGAAUAUCCAAGUUGGCUGCUUAUUCACUAUCUGUUAUGGAUGGAAAACGUACUCGCAUCAUGAGGGAUGAUCUGUGUGACCAUGCUUGGGAGUUCCAUUUUACGAAGCUGGCUCCUGAAUAUUGGAGAAAUCUCGACCCUUAUUGGAAAGGCACUGAGCCUCUCAUGCACCGGUACUUCCAUCAAGAUGGAAGCCAAACUGCUGAUCCUGGUGACAGAGUAUGGGGCGGUCACGAAUGCUGUUUUUCAGUUGUAACUAGUUUUAUUGCUGAUGGAACAAUCAGGGAGCACUAUGUUAGAAUAAACCGAUGGCCCCGGAUGUCAGUUUCUAGGAAACAGGACUGGAGCUGGGAAAUGUCCAACCACCUCUUCUGUUACUCCAGUGUUCCUGAUGCCUACAAGAAAGGUGGAACUGGGCCAGUCUUUUUGUUUAGGUAAAUAUUGUAUUAUUGUUGUAUAUUUCUCGCUUUAGAAUGUGUUCUUUCUGCUAGCAUACGUAUAUGCAGUAAUUGGGAGUGUGCAAGCUUUUUUGUGUAUACAUAUGUGUUUGUAAAAAUAUAGUAGUGCUCAAGACCUGUAAUUCUUGUGCAUGGUUGUUCCAGAACAAAUAAAUACAAUAAUAUAACAAACUUUAUUAUCAUUUCCA